AUGAAGUUGUGGAGAGCAUGCCGUUCGUGUGCCAUCGAUGCUUGGCUUUGCGCGACGUUUGAGGUUGCACAGGCUGUCUACAAAGUGCGUCGCUGCCGAACACAGCCUCGUCAUUUGGCUGCAAGAUCAGCGCCACGCGUUGCAUUUGCUUUCGGAAGCAGAAACUUUACAAGCAUUGCUGUCACAUGGGCCAUUCCUUUGCUGCACUGCAAAAUGCGUGUGGACAGAGUCAAAGGGCUGGUAAGCUUGGGCGGGUUUGUGAGCAAGAGCCCGCUCGGAAUUGCAAAGGGCUUUCCCACGCUGCAGUUUCAGCGCACUCACACGCACAUUGCCACGUUGCAGCUGAGAUGCCAAAGGCCCAGAUUCGGAAGUUGA